GUCUCUCGGGGAGAGGCGACAAGGAUGUAGAACAGAUAUCGGAAUUGCUCCCUGGAAAAUGGGCUGAGAAGCUUGACUGGCAUAUUUGAGAAAUCGGGCUUGCUGAGGCUCUCACAAAGGAUUAACAAUGCGUGUGGUUGAUAGCCAUAUGAAUGAAGAACAAUGAGGUGGUUAUGUGGCUUCUUCCAAGUCGCGGUAGAAUUAUAGACGAUGUACAAACGAUGUAGUAUUGGUUUACUCCGUGUAAGUAACAGCCUUUACGAAUUGCUACUUACGGCAAGUAUGACUCGACUCAUGUAACUUGAAUAUCAGUGUGACUGCAUUGUGCAAGCUCAAGCCUUUUCUACUAGUGCAUCCCAGUCCCAAAUACCCGCACCGUUCGACCACAAAGAACGGGACUAGAAACCAUGGCUACUGAUUCAUUGAGCGUCGCAAACCAGCGAGUUGUUGACACUCUUGCAGCUAGAUUACGGAGACGGCAAGUUGUAGGUUCCCGCGAAACUGCUCUUGAGACCGUCCUUGUCCUGAGACAGGUCAUCUCAAAAGCACGGUUCUCUAAUAUUGACCAACUAGUUGAAAUCAUCCGAUCCGUUGGACGAAAGCUCGUGGAGGCACAACCUAAAGAACAUACGGUCGGGAACACCGUGCGGAAAGUGCUACAUCAUAUCCGGGAGGAAUACCACACUGCUUCGAAAGGGACUGCGGUUGUCUCGACAUCGAAGGAUACCUUGUCGAUCGCAAAGUUCGUGUUGCAGGGACAACCUCGGAAACAGAAUGUUCCACAAAAGACGACUCUGAACGAGUCGCACGACAUGUUGAAGGAGAACGAUGCGGAUGAUCCUGAUGCAUUUGCUCGAACACUCAAACCCGUUCUUAUGGAAGCCAUCCAGGACGUCUUGGAUGAGCUGGAAACAGUACAUGACAAUAUCUCAAAAAAUGCAAAGGAUCAUAUACAUUCCGACGAGAUAAUCUUGACCAUCGGAAAGUCGAGUACUGUUGAAGCAUUCCUGAAAGCUGCAGCGCCCUAUCGGAAAUAUACUGUUAUCGUCGCGGAUACUGCACCAUCAUAUGGCGGACAUGACAUGGCUCAAUCUCUGUCAUCCGCUGGCAUUUCAACAGUUCUUGUUCCCGAUUCAUCCAUCUACGCGCUCAUGUCUAGGAUCAACAAAGUCAUGAUUGGCGCCCAUGCAAUACUAGCCAACGGUGGCAUGUUUGCGAUAACAGGAUCUCUGCUUGUUGCCACGGCAGCUAGAGCGCAUAGCACCCCGGUUGUCGUUUGUGCUGGACAAUUUAAACUCACCCCGCAAUGGAAUUUGUAUCACGAAUAUGGCGCGCUCGACUUCGCAGAUCCAAGUAGUGUGCUAGGAUUUGAAGAAGGCAACCUCGUCGAUAAGGUUGACGUGGUCAACCCCUUUUAUGACUAUGUCCGACCAGAGUUGAUUGACGCAUUCAUUACAAACGAUGGAGAUCACCCUCCAUCAUCGGUUUAUCGCCUUAUCAAGGAGGCAUAUGACGAUGAGGAUUACGAACUGUAGCAGAGUCAUGUAGACCAAACACGCUACAGACAGUG